CUCAGCUUUCAUUCCCCGCUGCACGCGCUUACGGAGAGACACGAACACACAAGCAGCAGUCGCGCAAAGCGCUCAGCGCGCCAGGGAUAUCGCGUAUCGGAACCGGGACAAAGAGACGGAAAACGGUCCGUUAGAUUAAAGCGAGAGAGCGGGGGGAGUUCGUGUGGCGGUUUUGUUGACCAGUGGUCCGUAAAUGUGCGUGCGAGGACCGGCCCGUGCACACACGAGCAAACACACUGCUGCCGUUCUCGCGGCGUGGCUCUCGGUCGCUCGUUGUCUCGCCUGAGCCCAACAUGGCGCUGCGAGGCGUCAUUUAGCAGACUUGAGUUCAGUUCAACCAGAGCCCCGGGGAUUUUUCGCCACCUGUGCAUUCACGCGAUUCGUGUCGAAGCCGUCCUCCUCUUGUGAAUCAAAGGAAUUACGUUGGACUGCUUGUGCAUGGAUGUAUAUGGAGCUCCUAUUCGAGUUUUUCCAGGAGUGGAUAUUCGUAUUCGGCAAGUCCGGAGAUACUUUAAACUUCUGAAGGACUUCCUUUAAAAACAACGAGAAAACUAGGGUUAGUAGAUUGACCUGAGUUAUAUAUAGGCUACAUAGUAAUGUAGCUUUCAAUAGGAGCAUCUGAUCCUCUUCGUUUUAACGGGAAUCUUUGCAUAUCUUAAAAACUAAAAGAGUGAAAACUUGCAUUUAAAGAGGAAAGCCCAUACUUUCCGUGCGACUCGAUGAACAACAAGCAUCACUACAUUCAGAAAAUUAUCCUUAUGGGAUGGUGAAGACCAGGGAAUCUGUUGAGAACUAACAGAGAAAUAGAGUCCUCAUUCAAAGCAUGAAUUUUCCAUUGUUGACAGAUGCAUUAUCUCAGAAUGCACAAGCCAGGACUGGCAUAAUUUGACUCCAGGUCGCUCUCAGGUGGAUGCGAGUACAACCUGCAGAAUGAACCCUCUCAGUGCACUUGGCAUCGAUCGGGCCAGCCUGAUGCGGGAGAGCCUCCAUGUUCACGGAGGGAUGGUUUAUCCACCAGGAAUUCGGACCCUGCCGACUGAAAAGGGCUAUGUUGGUGACAGGAUCCCCGACUUGCUCUACAAACCAGAUGUGUCUCUCGACAGCAGAAAGACCGCAAACAGUUACGUUGGACUUUAUAAAAGUUCCCCUUCUGGGAUUCAAAAGCAGCUGAUUUUGCCUGGGACUGGUGCAGAUGCUUUAGGGUUGGACAGACGGGUCAUACCAGCAGAUAAGCCCCCAGAAUUGAGUCUCAAUGGUGGUUGCAGCUAUCUGCGGGUUCCCUGGAUGAAUCCCUACCAUGAAGCUGGAAUGUACUCCUUCUUAGACUCCAGUAAAUAUACUACUUUGAACAUGUAUAAAGCAUCAAUCCUGUCACAACCACCACCUUACCUUCCCCAGCAUCUGGCCUACCAAUCUCUAUGUGCAGGAGGCAGUGCAGCUGGUACAGAGCGCUUGUUUUACAUGCCCCCCUAUCCCCCUGCACCUAUAUCUUCACCCCUUGCUCCUCCUCUCAGGAUCCCCACUGCGACUGUUGCCCCUACUGCACUGUCACCUAUGAUGCACCACCAGGACAAAACGAUACAGAGUAUUGGUCCAAGGAUUCACCAUGAGCCUUCAGCAUUUAAUCAGCAGACCAUACAUCAGCAGACCCAGCACCACCACCAGUCACCCGGUGAUAGGCAGCACAGCAGUAGUGGAAACAGUGCCAGCAACAGCAAGUCCAUCCGGACCCCAUCCAGCAAAAACACAAGCAGCACUAGCAGUAAUGUUAGCAACAGUAGCAGCAUUGGUGUUAGCAGCAGCUCCAGUUCCAUAGUCUCAGUAGACUCGUGUCCUUCACUUGUAAUGCAGCCACCCCGCCCUACACCACGGCCCUCUCAGCCGCCUGCAGCACCACCACCCCCUCCCCCACCUCUUGUGGAUAGCACUAUGGAUUUCCAAAAGCCUCUGUACAGAAGUCCUUCCUCAUCCUCGUCAUCUUCACCAUCGGUUGCUCACCAUGUCUACAUUAGCAGCAUGUCCAAAGAGCUUCGCUCUCCAAUUAGGCCUUCUAGCCAAAAGCCUAAAGCCAAAGAGGCAGCCAUGGAGUCCAACAGAGGUAUGGGGAAUGAAAGAAAGAGCAGCAGCUCUCCUGUUAAGACCUCUUCUGAGAAAACACCUCAACAGGGGCCUAUUACCAAAGACCCAGCAGACAAGCCUUUAGACCUGUCUGCCAAAAUCAUGGACUUUGAAGGACCUACCAAUGGGUACCCCCCAAAAUUAGAGGCCUUAGCCAAGCUUGGCUAUUCCCCUACUGCCCGUUAUGGACUUUCCCAAAACAGGGAACUUUUAAAAGAAACUCUUUCUCCAUCAUCCUCUACAGUAAGCACUUCUUCUAAAACUCCAGAAAGGCCUGAGAUAAUUAGCACUUUACCAUCUUCCUGGGUGGUGCCAAGUCCUGCCCAGACAAUCAGCUCUGAGGCAAGUCAAAACAAAGGCUCCAGCAUCAUCAAGAAUAAGAAUCUUGAACAUGUGGUGCCACAGUCAAGAAGUUCCUCUUGUCCCAGAAUUGACAACCAAAACAAUGGCUCAAUCCCAAGUUCUGCCCCUACUGUCAUGACUACAGCAUCUCGGCCAUCAUCUGUCUCACCUUCUCCCAAGAUUAAUGGAGAAUGGCCAAAGUCGGUUUCCAACCCACCAGAAAAGACCCCAACAGCUACAAAGCCCUCAAAGACACUCAAAAAACCCGAAACCCCUGAAAUUGGCUUUAAGCCUCAGCAAUCACAUUUGGAGAAUGGACAUGCUCCAAGCCACCUCUACAUGCCUCAGGGUGAAACUUAUCUUCCUCCCAGCUUAGCAUAUUCUAACAGAUAUCUCUCAUACCCAGUACCCGAGAGUCUUUCCCUUUCCCACUUGCAGUUGUCAGGAAAAGGGCCAGUGUACCCUCAUCCAGUUCUGCUUAGCACUAACAAUCUGUAUUCAGCACGUUUACCACCCAAACCCGGCAUCCCAUAUGGAAUCCCACCCAGUCAUGGAGAAUAUCUGACCUACCACGACUCACAAGAAAUGAUCCAUCCACUAAUGUCUCCCCACCUGCCCCUGGACCACAAAGUCACUGAACGUCUGGAACUGAGGCACAGACCCCUGGACAAGCCUUGGCAUCACGAUGAGGCUCCGUACAAGCGCCAAAGCAUCACUGACACAGACCCACGCUACAAAUCUGAGAGGGAGUCAGAGAGGCAAGUAAUUUUGGGCUCAAAGUCUCAGAGCAAGUCUCACACAGUGAAUAAAGAGGAGAUUGUCUGUAUCGACCUGGUCCAAGAUGACACAGAUGGCAGUCCAGAGCCAGACAAACAUAGUGCCGUCAAUGCCAAAUGCAAAGAGCCAGCUAAGCCAGUCGGCAGUGGGACAGGGAUGGGGAAUGAGAGUGGCAGUAAUUCUGGGGGGAAAGAGCCAGAGCUCAUGCAGAUUUUGCGCUCCGGCCAACCUGCCGUAUCCUGGCCAACUGCUUCAGAGUGGCGGGCAGAGGUAUGCAGUCCGCCUCGGCCACAGAAGCAGUCUGACUCUCCUGUGCACAGCCAGAGUGAGGAAAGCUCCUCUGAGCAUAGCCCACUACCUGACAUGUUGGAAGAGCAGACACUGCGCUGUGCCAGAACCUCCGGCGAAAGGGCUCGAGCUGAUGGUGCUGAAUUCAAAGUUGAUCGGCACCACGCUAAUCGACAAUAUGCGGACCUGGGCAAGGAUGUGCCAGAAGAUGCAGAUUCCCAUGAGGAUGAGGAGGAAGGACACGGCUUGUCUAAAAGCAAGAGAUCCAGCUUGGCCAAGAGAAUAGCCAACUCCUCAGGCUAUGUUGGCGACCGCUUCAAGUGCGUCACCACUGAGCUGUAUGCGGACUCCAGCAAACUAAGCCGGGAACAGCGAGCCUUGCAGAUGGAAGGAUUAUCACAAGAGGACAGUAAUUUAAGUCAACCAGCUGCGUUUUGGGAGCGUGCGAUGAUGCGUUUCUCUGAGCUGGAGCUGAAGGAAAAGGAGGGGUGUGUGUCGUCUGCAGCGCCCGGACUGGGGAGAGAGCGGGAGAGAGAGAGGGAGCUGGCAGAGAGCCAGCGCAGAGCAGGAGACUGGGAACAAAGCCAGCCAAGCUCCAGGCCCUCCGCAGCCCUUUCGGCCCUCUCCGAUCACACCGAGCAGCACAACGGUGCGACGCCAACAUGUGCAAACAACAGAGUUCCCGUGCUCCAGCGGUGCGGCCCACCAGCCGAUGUCCCACAGUCCCGCCGAGCAGAGGAGAAGAGAGCGAGGGACGUGAAAGGAGAGGAGGAGGGGUCUGUUGGCACGGCGACGGGCAGGAAACAUGCAUUGGGUUUGGAACAGAGCCAAGGCCACCCUGAUUGCAUGCACACCGCAGAAGAGAGAGAUGGAGAGAGACGGACGAGAGAAGAGGACGAUAAUGGCAUCGCGGCAAAGAGAGCGAGACUGAUUUCAGAUGUGUGGCCGCAGCCCUCCGAGCAGGAGGUGAAGAAUCUGAAGGUGUGUAUCGAGUUGACGGGUCUUCGGCUCAGUAAGCCCCGCCACCUCCAUAAUCUCCAGGAACUGUGGGAUAGACAGGGGCUGCUCAACCAUGACAGGCCGCAAUUCGGAGCUCCCAACAUGGGUUUGUCUCCCACAUCCAAAGCCUCUCUUCCACAACUCCAAACUGCCAGGAGGGAAAAGCUUGACUCUUGUCCCUCAGAGGUCACGCGAGUCACCCACAGUGCCCCUGCUGUGGAUCGAAAGGUCAAAGCGAAUGGAUUUGAAGAGAAGGGGGUGAAGAGGAAAGCAGAAGUGGAGAAAGGCUGGACUAAGGACCAGCUGGAAUACGCGGAGUCCAACACAGCAGUUCCUGUUCUCUCUCACGGCUUUUGUGCCGAUACCAUGCGGAAGUUUUCCUCCUCGAUUCCAUCUCACCUCUCAGAAAAACGGCAGCGAUUAAAGGAGCACCGCAAGUCACUGGGACCCUCCUUGCCCUCUCUGGACCCCGAAGGCACCUUCCCAUCUCGUUUGCGCUGGCACGGUGACCCUGAAAAGCCAAAGGGCAAGCGGCAAUGCAAGACCAAGCACCUCGGCCAACAGGAGCGCAGGAUGCUGUCGCAGUCGACCAAUGAGGAGUGUCCUGAACUCAGCCCUGCCCACCAACACAAGGAGGUGGUUUUGUACUGUCUGGAGAAUAAAGUGUGUGACGUGAAUCAUCGGGAUAAUGCGGGUUACUGCGCGCUCCACGAGGCCUGUUCCCGCGGCUGGCUCUCCAUCGUACAGCACUUACUGGAGCACGGGGCCGACAUCAACUGCAGUGCACAGGACGGCACCAGGCCUCUCCAUGAUGCUGUGGAAAAUGAUCAUCUAGAUGUGGUCCGACUCUUGCUGUCAUACGGCGCCGAUCCAACUUUAGCUACCUAUUCAGGCCGCAGUUUGCUGAAGAUGACCCACAGCGACAUAAUGGAGUCUUUUCUGUCUGAUUAUUUUGCCGACCUGCAGGGCAGAGAGGACGAUGACCCCGGCCUGUACUGGGAGUUUUACGGCAGCGCAGUGUGCGAGCCUGCCGACAACUCGUCUGGUUAUGACAUCCUAGCUAACCCACCUGGCCCCGACGAGGACGAACAGAGAGAAGUUUUCGAGUUCGAAUUUUCCGACCGGCCGCUGCUGCCGUGCUACAACAUCCAGGUGUCUCUCUCGCAAGGACCUAGAAACUGGUUGCUGCUCUCAGAUGUUCUCAAGCGCCUUAAGAUGUCUGCCAGAACGUUCCGUGCCACGUUCACUCACAUCGAAGUUGUGACUAUAGCCGAGGCGGAAUUCUACAAGCAGGCAUCUCUGAGUCAGCUGUUCUCUUGUCCGGAGGAGCUCGAGGGAUUCAUGCCCGACAGCAAGGAACUCUUGGAUCUGGUGGAAAUCAGCACCGAGCUGGUGGCGCUGCUGGGGUCGUCGCUUGAAUGCUUGGACGACCGCUGGGAGCCAGUAUCCAGACCUCGCUCAUAAGCUUCUGAACAUGCACGCACACUCAUACUGACUCUCAGACGGACCCUUGGAGACCUGUGGAGAGCUAGAAGCAAAAGAAAAAGGAUAUUCUGAGGCAGUUCUUGACAUUUCAAGGAACUUCUGGACUGGUAGCCAAAGGCGAAAUUGGGUCCCAGUGCAGCUGAUCUUUCUGUUUGGCUUGGAGAAGGUUUCGGAACAUCUCUUGCGCUCUUCUCGCAUACUAAUUCUCCUGGUGACGAUGCAAACCUGUACAUAGUGUACAUUCUGCAGAUAUGGAAAGAGAACGUACCUGAGAAAUUGGACCACUAUCUCUGGCUAACUCUGAGAUAUGAAGUCAUGCUCGCAACGAAGAACUCUUACAUUUAAAAGAGAUGUUUUCUAAAUAGGAAUAUAAGUAUAUAUACAGCCACUGUAUUUUAUU